UUCUAAAAAUCUAAAUCACAAAACAUUUUAGCUCAAGACAGCCAACGCUAGUUCCAAGCUUUCAUCCCAUAUCGCGGACGCCGACUGGCGACUGGCUGCGAGGCGUGCGAGCGACGGCGAGAGGCGAGAGCAGCUGAGGCGCUGAGCUGACUGCUGACCGGCGAGACGGCAGACGCGAGGAAGCCGACGGGCGACGGAGCACGGAGGCACAGAGCACAGGCUUUUCAGAUUUCAAUUUCCGAUUAGCGAUUCCGGAUUCCGGUCAGGGCCUCACUUAUUCACGCAAAUAAAAAAAACCGGCCCUGCUGCCGUUGCUCACACCCCGGUCUUCGCAGCCAUCGGUAUUUCAGAUUUCGACAACAAGUACGCUAAUUCAAGAAGGGACUUCAUUACUUCUUGCUUGCAAGGUGUCAUGAUUGCGAUGCCUCUUUGCUUUCAUCUCACAAUAAUCUCACCCCUCCUUUGCUUUUCCUUCCAUGCAUAAUCAUCGUUCUCAUCCUUCCCCAGUUUUCCUUUUUCUCAGAGUAAGGGAUUAGAAUUGAAAGGAUAUAGAGAAAAAGGAAACAUCGUUUUUGUUUUCUUGGAAUCAACCCUUUUCUUCCUCGGUGGUUCUUUGAGUGUUAGUAUUGUACACUCAGAGAAAAAAGGGAUGGAAUUGUGGAGGAACAAGAAGUUUUGAAUUGAUUUGAAAUGUGGGAUUUCGGUGCUAUAUUGUGCUUAAGAUGGAAAAAUUGUUUUGAAUGAUUUGGUUUUUGAGAAGUCAAGUUUGAAUCUCAAAUGGACAUAUCAAAUCGUAAACAUUUGAGAUUCUUGGGGCUCCCUCUCAAUUCUCUGGCAUGCAAAUGUGUAGCUCUGGUUGUGAUUGCUUUGGUCCUUAGAGCUGUUUUGCUACCCAGAUUAUAUGAACUUGGUGGGCUCUUUGAACAGAGCAAGUUUUUAGUUGCCCCUAACGUCUCUCUUCUAUCAGAUUCUGAGUCUUUGAUGGAAAAAUCGAAAUUUUUGGAGGUACCACAGAUCAUAUGGGGAUUGAACAAUCAAAAAAUUGCUUUUGCAAGAGCUUGUUUGACUGCAAGAAUGCUGAAAAGGAAACUGUUGAUGCCGAGCUUGAGUGCUUCACUUUUCUACAAAGAAGUUGACCUCUUGCAGCCUAUCUCAUUUGAUAAGGUCUUUCAAUUCGGAAGCUUUAAUUCGCGCUGUUCUGAGUUUGUCCAAUUGGGGCAUUAUUCGGAGAUUUCUAAUCAAAGUGAUGUAGUUGAGCUUCAAAAGGGACUUGGGAGGAGGUGGACAGUGGAGAAAGAUUUCGAGCAAUUAGUGCAGUUCAGCAAGCAACCAUAUGAUCAGUAUGAAAUUGUCAAGGUAGUUGGAAAGAACCCGUUUUUGUGGCAUGAUCACUGGCCAGCUAAGGACUACGCUAGGGUCUUUGAAUGCUUAGUUUUUGUAGAACAGAUAUCAAAAGAAGCCGAUAAAGUUGUUUCUAAGAUCAGAGAUGUUGGCCGAGAGGCAAGGCAACAGAUGGGGUUGUCUCAGCCCGUGCCUUAUGUAGCCGUUCACAUGAGAAUAGAGAAAGAUUGGAUGAUUCACUGUAAGAAGCUGGAGCAGAGAUUAAAUAUCAGCGAAAUUUGCAGCAGUAAGGAAGAGAUCAUGGAUAGAGUCCGUAACAUUAUAGGCCUCAAAAUCCCAAUGGUUAUUUAUCUCGCGGUUGCUGAUAGUCUUCUCGAAGACAAUUCUAUUUUGAAUGGCUGGAAUGAAGGUUUGCUUCCAUGUGAAAAGAAAAAAUUGGGCGUUGUUGAAAUUUACAAGAAGCAUCCAUACCUUAUUCAAUCCGCUAUAGACUAUUUGGUCUGCCUAAGGUCUGAUAUCUUCGUAGGAAACAGUUUCUCAACAUUUUCUAGCCUUGUGGUUCUUGACAGAACUCAAAAAAUGAUCGAAACAGGUGAUGCAAACAUGUGUGGCGUGGACACACAUUGGCCAUCGUUUGCUUAUAAUUUAGCCGGGGAGUCUAAUGGCCCUCGUGCAUGGGUGACAAAUCUGUCAGAUUCAAGCUUGCAGUCGAUUAGCUAUGGCUCUAAUCAUAUCUCCUGCUCACUAACUUCCAGGUUAUAGUUUCAUGGAUAUAGUGGCAUUAACAUUUCUUUUAGAUAACACUUGUUCUCUGGAAAUUAUGUGUAAAGAAUAUAUACAAAAUUUGAAAAUAGCAUUUUGAUUGGGGUAGUUUCUAUGUGAAACUGUAUACAAUCUGUUUCCUUUUGUAGUUGGCUAUUCCA